AUGGCAGAUCAACCAGCAGCUCGCACUUUGCGCGAUUAUUUAACGCCAGAAAGAGGUCCACACGUCUCCCCCAUAGUCAUUCCCACUUGCACUGCCGCCAAUGCGUUUGCUUUCAAGCCAGAGUACCAUCGGGUUAUCCCAGAGUUUCGAGGGCGUGAAUUGGAGGAUCCUUAUGCCCACAUUCGGGAAUUCGAAACUAUCGUUAGCACUUUUGUGACCGGGCCGGGUCAGCUAGAUCAAGCUCGCCUGAAGCUAUUUCCCUUUUCGCUCAAGGACAAGGCUAAGCAGUGGUUCCAUUCUUUGAAGGUCCGCUCCUUGCUCACAUGGGGGGAAGUGCAAGAUGUGUUCACCACCAAGUUCUUCCCGCUUUUGGAUACUAUGGGGAGCGGUGACUUUAUGGGAAAGGACCUCGACGCCGCUUGGGAAUUCUUAGAUGCUUUGGCCGAAAGAGCUCAAACUUGGCAAUACAUUGAUCCGGGUGACCAAGCUAUGAGAAAUCAAGGACCGGGAGGCUCCGGUAAGUUUUCAGUGAAUGAGCAUAACGGUCUUGAGACGCGGUUGGAUGAGCUAUCGUUAAAGUUGGACAGAAUGAAGCUAGAUUCGGUCCAAGCAAAAGAAGCAAAAGAAGCGACAGAAGUGAAAGAGGUGAAAGAGGUUCGCCAAGUGGAAGAAGUUUGUGUCAUUUGCGAGACUACGGGUCAUUCGACCGACAACUGUCAUACCAUCCCCACCCUUCGGCAACACUAUAAUCAACUCCCAGAAGAAGUAUGUGCACUGAAUCAACGUUGGGAUCCAUAUUCCAACACUUAUAAUCCGGGGUUGAGAUCUAAUCCGGCUUUCCGUUGGAGUAACCAGAAUGAGGCCGGCUCGUCAACUUCUCAAGGUCCUCCUCCUUCUCAGAAUCAAACAUGGCGCCAAUCUCAGUUUCAGGGUCAGCCACGUUUUCCUCCGGCACAAUCUCAAGGCCCGCCAGGAUUCAUACCACCGAGCCAAUUCCAAGGGCAAAAUCAAUUUCAGCAGCAACCAGCCCCACCUCCACGACGUUCUCUGGAGGAUACUCUGAAUGCAUUCUGUCAAAUGCAAACGACCACUAAUGAGCAAACCACCCAAGCGAUGAACGACAUAAGGAAUCAAGUGGGUAAAUUAACAACGGCUAUCGCAAAGGCCAUAAUAUCGUUGAGAAGUGGGAAGACGGUUGAUAAUGCUCAAGUGGAGCCGCCGGUUGCGCAAAUCUUGUUACCCUUUCCGGCACUAUUGAAGCCCACAGUGCCAAAUGGGGAAUCUCCCAAACCGGUUCUUAAAGAAGAAGAAAAGGGAAAAGCCAAAGAAGUCGAGGUUCCGCCCGCUUUCACCGUUCCCGCUCCAUAUCCUAACCGACUUAAGUCGCCUGCCAAGCCAAAUUUGAACAGUGAUAUCUAUGAAGUUCUUAAGAAAGUGACGGUUAACCUUCCUUUGCUUGAUGCUAUUAAACAGAUUCCAUCAUACGCCAAAUUUUUGAAGGAGUUGUGCACUCACAAACGGCAACUCCAAGUGCAGAAGAAGGUGUUCUUGACUGAACAAGUGAGCUCACUCUUCCAAUCAACCCUUCCGCCCAAGUAUAAUGAUCCGGGCUGUCCCACGAUAUCCAUCACCAUCGGGGGUAAGGUUUGUGAAAAGGCUCUUCUUGAUUUGGGGGCAAGUGUAAACCUCCUCCCGUUCUCGGUCUAUGAACAACUCGGUUUGGGAGAGAUGAAGCCAACUCGGGUGACUUUACAACUAGCCGAUCGGAGUAUUCGAGUUCCCAAAGGGGUGGUCGAAGAUGUUCUUGUUCAAGUUGACCAGUUCGUGUACCCAGUCGACUUCGUAGUUCUUGAUACAUGCUCGGUGCCGGCAGCUCAAUCGUCCGUCCCAAUCAUUCUUGGCCGGCCGUUUUUGGCAACAUCCGACGCCGUCAUUCAUUGCCGGGACGGCCGCCUUAACAUGAGUUUUGGCAACAUGAAGAUGCAAGUCAACAUGUUCCAUAUCAGUAGCCAAUUGGGAGAUGACGAGGAUGUGUGCGGAGUAAGCAUGGUCGAUUCACUUGUUCAAGACCACAUCACUACGUUUAUUUGCAAAGAUCAGUUGGAACUCGCCCUGACGUCUGCCGAGGCCGAUUUUCUUGAAGCCCCUGAGGUUGCGUACUUGUGCUCUUUGCUGGAUGAGGAAGAGAUGUGUGGUAUAACCCCAUGGGUCCCUAAAUUUGAGGAGCUGCCCUUUAUUGAUAAGUGA